GUGGGGCAUAGCAAAAUUAUGGAAUAUGAGACUGAUGUGACUUUUAGAUUUCUUUUGUCACUUUUUCCCUCCAGCUCAGCAUAUUUUUUUUCAUUUGUAUAAAUGUGAUUAAUGUUCUGUGCUCAUUACUAUUGUUUUAGGUGUUUAAUAUGAGAUGAGGUGAUUUAAGUCAACAGGACUGGAUUUCAACUAUAUGAGGCUCAGGUAUAAUGAAUACACAGUGUGUGCAUUCUGUAUAGAAGUAGCUGAGAAUGCAUGUGGUUUUUUUUUUUAUAACAUUAUAUGUAGAGAGAAGAUACAUACUGAGAUAUAUUGAAAUAUAGGAAAUGACGUCCAGUAUGGAACAUCAAAAUUUAGAGACAAGGUAAUCAAGAGUAAGUAGCUAAAAAGAAUGAUAAAGACAUACCAAACAGAGAAUCGUGUUUGAUGUACAUAAUAUUUUUUUCAGAUGUAUGAAUUAUGCUUCCUCUGUGACCUUAACAUGAAUGCACUUUCCAAUUAUGUUUUCAUUAAAUAAUGUCCUUUAUUUCCAAGCUGGACUUGGAACCCUGGCCAAUAUAUUUCUUCUUUUUUUCUACACUAUCAUCAUCCUAUGUCACAGAUCUAAACCCAUGGACUUGAUCUCCUGUCAAUUGACCUUCGUUCACAUAAUGAUGUUCCUCACUGGAGGGGAUAUUUGGCUUACAGACUUAUUUGAGUCACUGAACAUUGAGAACGACUUCAUAUGUAAGGCAACUUUUUACAUAAACAGAGUGAUGAGAGGCCUGUCUAUCUGCAUCACCUGCCUCCUGAGUGUGUUCCAGGCUGUCACAAUCAGUCCCAAUUCCUCUUUGUUGGCUAAAUUUAAACAUAAACUAAAAAAAUACAUGAUCUUUUCUUUCUUCUAUUUUUGGUCUUUCAAUUUGUCAUUCAGCAGUAACCGGAUCUUCUAUGUUGGUGCUUAUACCAAUGUGAGUGAGACCAACCAGUUGAAGGUCACUAAAUACUGCUCACUUUUCCCCAUAAACCACAUCAUCAGGGGAUUGAUUUUAACCAUAACAACCUUAAGAGAUGUGUUUCUUGUAGGAGUCAUGCUGACCACAAGCACAUACAUGGUGAUUAUCUUGUUCAGACAUCAGAGGCAAUGCAAGCAUCUUCAUAGCAUCAGCCAGCUGAGAGCCUCCCCUGAGAAAAGGGCCACCCAGACCAUCUUGCUGCUGGUGAUUUUCUUUGUGGUCAUGUACUGGAUGGACUUCAUCAUCUCAUCCUCCUCAGUCCUGUUAUGGAUGUAUGACUCAGUCAUCCUGACUGUUCAGAAGUUUGUGUUGAAUGCCUAUCCCACAAUUACUCCUUUGAUACAAAUCAGUGCUGAUAACAGAAUGAUCAUCACACUGAAAAAUAUGCAGAAAAUAUGCCAUCAGAUUUUUUUAAAAGGGUAAUUUUUCUCUUAUUUAAAAAUAUUUAUUUUAUUCAUAUGUAUUAGUUUUGGACUGGCAUGUAUGCAUGUGUGCAUUCUUGGUAUUCACAGAGGUCAGAAGAGGUCAUGGAAUCCCCUGAAUCUGCAGGUACAAAUGGUUGUAAGGUGCCAUGGUGGUGCAGUACCAAUAAUUUUUUCCCAAAAAACAGAUUUUUCUGAAGCUGUUUAAUAGCUCAAGUAGCAAAACACGAUUCUUCAUAUGGCUUAAACAGAAUUUGUUGUAUUAUAUUUAUUAAUUCUUUUGACAUUUCUGCUGCCAAGAAGUAUAUAGUUCUUAUGUUCGCUGUACAUCAUAAAUUCAUAUUUCCACAGGAAUUCUUAGUUUCUCCUUUUUAGUCGAUAUCAUAUUUGUUACCUUGAUGCUGAUAUUUGUAAAAGAUGAUCCUUACUUAUAGUGAAUUUUUAAAGGUUUUUUGAAAAUACUUUACUUUAUGCUAAAUCAUCAAAAAUAGUUUAAAUAUCUGAUGGUAGCUUUAAUUCUGGUUCCUAAUUAUAAUCUAUGGUUUCAUAAUAGUAAAGAGUUUAUAAAGUUUCCAGUUUUUUACUACUCAUUAAGUAUUAAGUACUUAACAAGUCUUAAAUGAGAUUUUCAUAUGCCUGUAUAUUUGCAUCUCAUUUCAUCCACC